GUUGGUUUAGCUAUCGAGGACCACCUGGUGGCUAAAUUGAGCUAAAAGGCUAAAGCAAAGACAAGAGACUCUCUCUGGUUACUAAAAUCUCUUCACGUUUUUCAUCUUCUAGAUCUGAGCUCCAUUGGAUCGUACUUAUCGCCGAACGCUCACGGGAACAAGCAUAAAGACGAGGAAUUUUCGCAUGGUCCUUUUUCCGAUUUCUGAUCGGAAGAACCCUAAUCGUAAUCCAAUUCCAAUUCCAAUCCCAUUUCGUCGUUAAUCUGCCAGAGAAGCAAUUCACUGGUCGAAAAUUUUGGUGCUACGGAGUUGAUUCGAGCGAGAGAGGAUGGAGCAGCUGAAAACGAUUGGGAGAGAGCUAGCGAUGGGAUCGCAAGGUGGGUUUGGUCAGUCGAAGGAGUUUCUCGAUCUGGUCAAAUCAAUCGGCGAGGCACGAUCCAAGGCUGAGGAAGAUCGGAUCGUGCUAAGCGAGAUCGAUAUACUGAAACGGAGGCUGUUGGAGCCAGAUGUGCCCAAGAGGAAGAUGAAAGAGUACAUUAUACGGCUCGUUUACAUUGAGAUGCUAGGCCACGACGCUUCUUUCGGUUACAUUCACGCCGUGAAGAUGACGCACGACGAUAAUCUCCUCCUCAAGCGUACCGGUUACCUCGCCGUCACGCUCUUUCUCAACGAGGACCACGACCUCAUUAUCCUUAUCGUCAACACGAUCCAGAAAGAUCUCAGAUCCGAUAACUAUCUCGUUGUUUGUGCGGCACUUAAUGCAAUCUGUAGGCUUAUCAACGAGGAGACGAUUCCGGCGGUUUUGCCUCAGGUGGUGGACUUGCUUAAUCACCAGAAGGAAGCUGUGAGGAAGAAAGCGAUCAUGGCUCUGCAUAGAUUUCACCGGAAGUCUCCUUCUUCGGUUUCACAUUUGAUCUCCAAUUUCAGAAAGAGGCUAUGCGAUAACGAUCCUGGAGUUAUGGGUGCUACGCUUUGCCCUCUAUUUGAUCUCAUAAGUGAAGAUGUUACUUCCUAUAAGGAUUUGGUGAGCAGUUUCGUCAGCAUUCUCAAACAGGUCACUGAGAGGAGAUUGCCAAAGAGUUACGAUUACCAUCAAAUGCCUGCACCCUUUAUACAGAUCAAGUUGCUGAAGAUAAUGGCGCUGCUGGGCAGUGGUGAUAAGAGCGCGAGUGAAAUCAUGUACAUGGUGCUUGGAGAUUUGUUCAGAAAGUGCGAUUCAUCUACCAAUAUAGGAAAUGCGAUCCUUUAUGAGUGUAUUCGCUGUAUUUCUUGUAUUCUUCCAAAUCCCAAACUGCUAGAAGCUGCUGCGGAGGCUAUCUCCAAGUUUUUGAAGAGUGAUAGUCACAAUCUGAAGUACAUGGGGAUUGAUGGUCUUGGUCGGUUGAUAAAAAUAAGCCCAGACAUUGCUGAGCAGCACCAACUUGCCGUGAUAGAUUGUUUGGAGGAUCCAGAUGAUACACUAAAGAGGAAAACUUUUGAAUUGCUGUACAAAAUGACCAAGUCCUCUAAUGUAGAAGUGAUUGUCGACCGAAUGAUUGAUUACAUGAUUAGUAUCAAUGACAAUCAUUACAAAACUGAGAUAGCAUCUCGUUGUGUUGAGUUGGCGGAACAAUUCGCUCCAAGCAAUCAAUGGUUCAUCCAGAUCAUGAAUAAAGUCUUCGAGCAUGCAGGAGAUCUGGUAAAUAUUAAGGUGGCACAUAAUUUGAUGCGUUUGAUUGCUGAAGGAUUUGGAGAGGACGAUGACGAUGCAGACAGCAAACUUAGACUAUCAGCUGUGGAAUCAUACUUGCAGAUUAUCAGCGAGCCAAAGCUUCCCUCCCUGUUUCUUCAGGUCAUUUCUUGGGUGCUUGGAGAAUACGGCACAGCUGACGGGAAGUAUUCUGCGUCCUAUAUCAGUGGAAAGCUGUGUGAUGUGGCAGAUGCAUAUUCAAGUGAUGAAAAUGUUAAGGGUUAUGCUGUUUCUGCACUGAUGAAGAUCUAUGCAUUUGAAAUUGCAUCUGGGAGAAAGGUGGAUGUGUUGCCCGAGUGCCAAUCUUUGAUUGAAGAGCUACUGGCUUCACAUUCAACAGAUCUUCAGCAACGUGCAUAUGAGCUUCAGGCUCUUAUUGCUCUAGAUGCCCGUGCUGUCGAGAGUAUAAUACCUUUAGAUGCUAGUUGCGAAGACAUCGAGGUUGAUAAGGAUCUUUCAUUUCUCAAUGGCUAUAUCCAACAAGCUAUCGAGAGUGGAGCACAACCUUAUAUCUCUGAGAGAGAACGCUCGGGAAUGUUUGAAACAACCGAUUACCAUUCCCAAGAUCAUCACGAAGUUCCAGCUCAUGCUCUCCGGUUUGAAGCCUAUGAACUUCCAAAGCCAUCAAUGCCAACACAGGCUUCAACCGAGCUUGUUCCAGUACCCGAGCCUUCUUAUUACAGCGACCCACACCAGCCAAUUCCAACAUCUUUAGUCUCUGAACGAGAGUCAUCAGAAAUCAAGCUGCGACUCGAUGGAGUUAAGCAAAAAUGGGGUAGACCGAGCUAUCAAUCGACCACAUCAGCUUCUUCUACUCCUCAGCAAUCAACAAACGGUACCACGACACACUCGGAUGGAGGAGCUGGCUCAUCUAGCUCAAAGCCUCGAACCAGUUACGAAUCAAAGAAACCCGAGAUCGACCCCGAGAAACAGAGACUCGCUGCAUCCUUGUUUGGUGGAUCAUCAUCAUCAAGAACUGACAGAAAGUCAUCUUCUGGUGGUCACAAGCCUGCAAAAGGAACAGCUAACAAAGCCGCAAGCAUCCCCAAGGAAACUCCGAUCCCUGUUCAGCCGCAACCAGACUUGCUCGACUUUGGCGAGCCAACUGAUACAACCGUUACAGCGACGGAUCCUUUUAAAGAGUUAGAAGGGCUUCUAGAUUCUUCGAGCCACGACGGAGGUGGUUCGACCGAUGUGAUGGGACUAUACUCAGAUGCAGCACCUGUGACGACGACCACAAGUGUUGACUCUCUCUUAUCGGAACUAUCUGAUAGCUCCAAAGGAAACGCACGCACGUAUCAAUCUCAAACCUCGAAAGGACCAAACUCAAAGGAAGCUCUUGAGAAAGACGCUCUUGUUAGACAAAUGGGCGUGAACCCAACAAGUCAGAACCCUACACUGUUCAAAGAUCUCCUCGGCUAGAAGAACCAUUCUCCAACGAAACCAUUCGUUGACUCUCAUCAUCAUCAUCAACAUCGCCACCAUCCCAUAUUUGGUAAUGUGUGGAGUUUGGGGAUUAUAGUAUGUUUCUGAUUCAAGAACAGCUUUUUGUUGUACCUAUCUCAAUAGAAACUUUCAGUUUACAAAACACAAGGAGAGAGAGGUAAGUCACGUUUCGAGAAUUUUUUUUUUGAAUUUUUGGUUUCUCUUAGUUUUUGGAGUCGUCAUCAGUGAAUGGUUAACGUAAGGCCGUUGAUUUUGAGCUUCUCUUGUUGUGUCUAUAGAACAUUUGUAUCAUCUUUUGUUUCUUAUAGGUACUUAAUUUUCUUUUCAAAGUAUAUACUCUUCGUUUCAGAUUAAGUAUGACAUUUUCUUUCCUUCUCAUUUUCUUUUUUAAAGUAAAUUGAAACAAAA